GUAAUUUAAGGAGUGGAAGGUACGAGUAUGUCCUGAAUAGUCUGUGUUUGGUUAGGGUUAACGACUACUAUUUGUUGAAAGAAUCAAAGUCCAAUAUUAUUACUGAAGACCUUUUUUGCAAGCCUAAUUUAAAUAUGGCAGCGGACUUGACAAGUUUGGUUUCUAGGUUGGAAAAUGUAGCAAUAAAGUUGGAAAAAGCAGUUAACAAAAACCAACAGCUAUCACCAAAUGAAGGUGGUGGAGAUGUUCUGGCUCCUCUUGUUCUUGCUUAUGAUGAACUUAUUCAAGGACCUUUCAAGUCUUUUCACAGUCUCGGUGCCAAGCUAGGAAAUGAAGUUCUAAUACUGGCUGAUAUGGUAGAAACCGCCGUAAGAGCUCAAAGACAGUUCCUUAUCACUGUUUCUAAAUGUCGGCAACCUACUGAGAAUGUUCUCAUGUCUCUCUUGAAACCAACAUCGGAUCAAAUUCAGGCUAUCCAGGAAUUUCGACAGAAGAAUCGAGCUAGUGCUUACUUUAACCACUUGUCUGCUGUGAGUGAGUCUAUUCCAGCUCUCGGUUGGGUAGCAGUGGCCCCAACCCCAGCACCUUAUGUGAAAGAAAUGCUGGAUGCUGGUCAGUUUUACACUAAUAGAGUAUUGAUGGAUUACAAAGACAAGGAUAAGAUUCACGUUGACUGGGCUCGUAACUGGCUGCAGUUUUUAAAUGAGUUGCAGGCCUAUGUUAAAAAAUAUCAUCUCACUGGCCUCACCUGGAACUCUUCUACAGAUGUUUUAGAAUAUUGGGAAGAUUCUUAUAUGUCUAUAAGUGUUGAAUGGUUGUGUCAGAAGGCUUCUAUACAGAUGGUGAUGGAUAAGAGAUUGAAAUGUGAAGACAGCAUCGGUAGUAUGAGACACGUGUUAGUAAAUAUUAAAGAACAUUCUUACAGAUUCUUAACA